AUGAUCGUGCUCUGGAUCGCGUACUCCAUCAUAUUCUGCGCUGGUGUUGUGGCCAGAGGAUCAUCGUCACUUGAACAACGCGUGGCUGCUCUGAGAAGCCACGAUGACUCCUGGCCAUUGAUGAAUGUGUCUUCGUGUCCCGGAUACACAUUGUCGGAUCUCGAGGAGACUGACGAUGGUGUUUCCGCGCGAUUGACCCUGGCCGGUUCCGCGUGCAACGCCUUCGGUCAUGACGUCGCCAAUCUCACAUUGCGAGUCACCUACGAAACUCAAUCGCGCCUGCAUGUCAACAUCUUCGACACCGCCGAACAGCAGUACACCAUUCCCUCUGACGUCGUCGCCCUUCAGCCCGGCACUGGCGAUGCGAGUUUUAAAAAGAACUCCGAGUUCAAAUUCCACUACGACGAGAAGCCAUUUGCGUUUUGGGUCACUCGUCGGGACGAACCAGACGCGCAGCCCAUCUUCGACACCCGUGCCAAGUCGCUUCCUCCAACGCCGAUCCCGCCUGUCAUUGGCAACGACACCCGCACCGCACUUGAUGGCUUCCCCCUUGUUUUCGAGGACCAAUAUCUGCAGAUCACCUCGGCCCUUCCACUCAAUGCCAACAUAUAUGGUCUCGGGGAAGUUCUCGCAAGCUUCGGCUUCAGGCACGAUAUCGGUCUGGACGGAGGCGUUGGUACGAUACAGACGAUGUGGGCGCGCAACAUUCCCGACCCGAUCGACCAGAACGAGUACGGAUCGCACCCUUUUUACCUCGAGCACCGCUACAACUCGACGACGCGGCGCUCGAAGACGCAUGGGGUCUUUCAAUUCGGCGCUGCCGGUUCCGACAUUCUCUUGCUCACCCCUCCAUCCUCCCCCGUCUCUCUCGUCGAGUACCGCCUACUUGGUGGCACACUCGACUUCUACUUUUUCUCCGGACCCAGCCCGCAGGAGGUGAUCGAGCAGUACGGCCAGCUCAUCGGACUGCCCACGUGGCAGCCCGUAUGGGGCUUCGGCUUCCACCUCUGCCGCUGGGGAUACGCCAACGUUAGUGAGACACGCGAGCAAGUGGACAAGAUGCGCGAGGCGAACAUUCCGCUCGAGGUCAUGGAUGUGUUCAUGAAGAAUCAAAAUGGUAGCGAAUAUCUGGGGCAGAUGUGGCCCGGAUACACCGUUUUCAUGGACUGGUUUGCGAACAACAGUCAACUCGUGUGGAGUGAGGCUAUUGCAAACUGGUCCACCAGCGUUAAUUUCUCGGGCAUCUGGCUGGAUGUCAACGAGCCCACUUCCGUCUGCGCUGGCUCAUGUGGUACGGGUGCUAAUCUCUCAGCCGCCACUAUCCCGACGUCCCACUUCCCCGGGGAGCCGGGAAACGCGGUGACUGAGUAUCCGGAAGGUUACAAUUCAACGCUCUGGGGCCCAAGCGGGAAUAUCACCAUCAACGGCACCUUGACGUUCGGCAACAACAGUGCGGACUUCCCUGGCGUCACCUUCCCUCCCACGAAGCGGGGCCUAGGCUCCGCUGGCCUACCCGUAGAGGACUUGAACACGCCUCCAUAUGCGAUUCAUAACGGCGACCCAUCCAUCGCAGACAACACAGUCUCCCCUAACGCCACGCAUCAAAAUGGUCUCGUCGAACUCGAUGUUCACAACCUCUGGGGGAUGAUGGAAGAGAAGGCGACGCACCUCGCCCUACUCUCGCUCCGCCCGAACCUCCGCCCGUUCCUCAUCUCCCGCUCGACCUUCCCUAGCUCUGGGAACUGGACAGGUCAUUGGCUAGGCGACAACAUCUCCAAGUGGCGGUACAUGUACCUCAGCAUCCAGGGCGUCCUCCAGUUCCAGCUCUUCCAGAUCCCCUUCGUCGGCGCGGACACGUGCGGCUUCCAGGGCAACACGGAUGAGGAGCUGUGCGGGCGGUGGAUGCAGCUGUCGGCGUUCAUGCCGUUCUACCGGAACCACAACGUGCGGAGCGCGCUGAGCCAGGAGCCGUACCGGUGGGACUCGGUCGCGAACGCGUCGCGGACGGCGAUCGCGGUUCGGUACAGCAUGCUGCCGUACUGGGCGAGUUGGUUUUACACGCUGUUCGCGAACGCGUCGAUGCACGGGACCCCUACCGUGCGCGCGCUGUUCUUCGAGUUCCCAGACGAGCCGGAGCUCUUCUCCGUCGACCGCCAGUUCCUCAUCGGCCGCGACAUCCUCGUCACUCCCGUUCUCACCCCCAAUGUCUCCACCGUCGACGGCAUCUUCCCGGGCCAAGGCCGCUCGACCUGGCGCGACUGGUACACGCACGAAGUCCUCAACGCCUCCAUCUUAACCAACACCACGCUCCCCGCGCCGCUCGGCCACAUCCCCGUGCACGUCCGCGACGGCGCCGCGCUCCUGCUGCACGCGGCGCCCGCGUACACGAUCGCGGAGACGCGCGCGGGCCCGUACGAGCUGCUCGUCGCGCAGGCGGCGGACGGGUACGCGUUCGGGACGGCGUACAUGGACGACGGGGAGAGCGUGCCGCCCACGCCGAACUCGACGCUCGUUGUCAGGGCGCAGACGGGGCGAGUGUCGGUCGAGCGGGAGGGGACGUUCCUGAUCGAGCAGAGGCUGGAGAAGGUGACGGUUCUCGGGGCGGCGGGCGCGGCGCCGAUGGCGGUGAGGGUUAAUGGGGCGAAGGUGGGGAACUGGACGUUCGAUGCGGGGGUGGAGAGGCUGGUUGUGGGCGGUCUGGGAGUUGAUUUGAACGGGCGCGUGGUGGUGGAGUGGGCUUAG